AUGUGCCCUGCCGGGUUCGGAGCGGUCGUUGACGGCAACAAUCAAACUUCAUGCGAAGCAUGUCAGGAAGGGAAGUAUCGGCUGGCGGCAGGGACAGGGCAGUGCAUAGACUGCCCUCCUCACAGCUGGUCUGCGGGCGGAAACUCUUCGUGCCACAGCUGCUUCCGAUGUUUCCCGGGGAAGUUCUCCAGGGAGCAUGCUUCCACCACAUGCUCCUCUUGCCCUGCAGGGACCUUUUCCACUGGAUCUGCUUCAGCAUGCACAGCGUGCAAUGCGGGAAAGUUCUCCACAGGGGACACUGAUAGAUGCUUUUCCUGCGCCGCUGGUACGUACUCUGAGGUGGUGGGCACGUCAGUAUGCUCGCACUGCCCUGCUGGAACUUACUCGGAGGCGCUGGGCGUUUCGAACUCUUCUUCAUGCUACAUGUGUUCUCCAGGAUCGUUCUCGUUGGCAGGCUCGACUUCCUGCUCUCUGUGCGGUGCAGGAACGUUCGCUGAACAGCAAGGCACGUCAAGCUGUCACGCUUGUGAUGAAGGGACGUACCUGGCAACGGGAUACACCUUGAUCAACGGCAUCUGUUCCCCCUGCCCCCCGGGGACGUACAAGGACUUCAACGGCACGGGCGCUUGCUUGCUCUGCCCGUAUGCGAAGUUCUCCAACGAGAGCGGCCUGAGCAGCAUGCAGUCCUGUCAGAGCUGUCCCUUUGGGUCAGUGAGCGAGGAGGGGAGCACCACCGUGGAGCAGUGCAGGUGCGACCGGGGUUACGAGAACCUCAACGGCACGUGCUCGGCGUGCAAAAAGGGAUACAGCAAGCGAGAAGUCAAUGACACUCUGUGUACGCCGUGCGAGGCCGGGUCGUACGGGCCGCAGGAGGCGAUGCAGGAGUGUCUGCUGUGCCCCAACCACACUUACUCGGGGGUUGUGGGC